CACCAGUCCAGUCCAGUGUGGCUUGUUGUGAACAUUUGCACGUUGGUCGUCCACAAACCACAUAAACACCAUGACAUCUCUCCUGCUUGGAGCAGCGCUGCUGGGCAACUUGGGCAUCUCUGUCACAGCACAAGUGAUGCUGCCUCGACCCAGCCAGGUGAGGUUUCACUCAGUGGACUAUAAAAACAUCCUGAACUGGACUCCACCCACCACGAACUCUUCUCUGCAGUACAACGUCCAGUGGAAGAUUUAUGGCGAGCCCGAGUGGAUCGAUGUGCCAGGCUGUCAAAAGAUCCGGAAGCACCACUGUGACCUCAGCGACGUGACCUCUGAGCCCAGAGAGUGGUACUACGCCAGAGUUGGCGCUGUGUCUGUGGCCAACAGCAUCAAAUCAGCCUGGGCCCUCUCCCCCAGAUUCAGCCCGCGUUGGGACACCAAAAUCAGCCCCCCUGUGCUGAGACUGAAUGUAACCGAACAACCAGCCAUUGUGGUCCGAGUGAAGUCCCCCCGAGAGCUGGUCCGGAAGCUGCACAGCAAUUUGUACUACAAGAUCUACUUAACACACCCCAGUGGAGAAGAAGAGGUGUUUGACAUGAAGUGCUGUUCUCACAAGCUGACUCUGAAGGACCUGAAUCACAGAGAAGAAUACUGCCUCCAAGCUCAGAUCGUCCUCCCUCUGCAGGGCAAGCACAGCGCCCGCAGCUCUCUGAAAUGCAUCACUACCCUCUGACAACACAGACACAGCGUCGGCCAUCCCUUCAGCUUUGAAUAUCCAUCGCUACCUCGACAGCCACAGCCACACACAUCCGUGCAAGUAAAAGUGAUGCACUUUAUUAUACAAAGCAUUAAAGGUCUCAUAUGAAGGCAAACUUUCACGUUCACCGGAAGAGGAUUGCUUUUGUUUUUUUAAACUUAAGAGUAUUUUUUUAAAUUUUUUCUAUUCAUGGCAAAAAUAUUCUGAACUCAAGAGCCACCCGGUAGAUUCAUCUACUGAUCGCAGCCAGAGCUCCUGUUUUGGAGUUUUCUAUCUAACGCACAGUCAAAAGUGGUGACAGGCAGCUUUUCCUCUCCAUAAAUCAUAAAAAUAUUAUUGCAAUCUGGUGUGCUCGUUCACACAUGGUCAAGAUAUAUUUUCAACUUAUGUCUGUUUCCUCAUUCCUCUCGCAUGCAGUCCAGCAGUGAGGAUCAGCGAAUGCUGCUUUAACGUCUUUAAGAGAGCUUUUUGUAAAGAAAAAACUCUGCUAAAAGAAAACUUUAUGAGAAUGUACUGUGCCAAAUGUAUCACGCUACAAAUAAAAUCCACUGUUGAAAUUGACCUCCGUCCUGUAAGUUGGACCCUUUUUGUACAAACAGUAAAGCUGGUGGUGUUUUUCGCAG